AUGAAGGCAACUUGUGUGAAACAACUCCGCGACAAGGCCGGGGAUCAGCAGAUCAGAAUCAAGUUUCACGUAACUCAGGUACAACAAUGGUUUACAGCCACGGGCAAUAGUGGGCAAAUCCAAGUGUCUAUGAGUGAUAGCAGCGUGGAAGAUCUGAAGCAGAGACUAGCAAGUAUAUGUAGCAAACUACAGGAUGCUAUCAAUUCGCUUCCACGAGGUCCGACUCGAAGCCGGGGUCGGUCAAGUGAGGGCAAGAUUCGAAAUUCAAAGAUGUUCAGGGACCUCGACAGGCUCAUCGAAAAUAUUGGAUUUGAUGUUUCGGCUAUAGAAAGUUUGAUCUACCGGCUGUCGAAUUUCCAACCAGCAUCCCAAUCGACCAAAAGCUUCACCAGGCUCUACGUAUCAAGCUCGGCUACGAAAACACUCUACCGUCACUUGUGCGAAGCCUGCCCAGUGAACGGCCAAGAGCAAGCACACGGACAUACAGCUCUCGUUGGACUUGUGCCGGUUCAAGAGUAUGAACCACUGUGCAUCAAUCCAAAUGACGUUGCCGUGACUGGUCAUCACGUUGCUAUAGAGUCCAACUUUAACAAGGGAGACUAUAUCUGGUUUGAAGCUCACUCCAGGUUGGUACUCCCCAAGGACGAUGGUGAUGCUGUCUACUCAGAGCCGUCCUCACCUCUGGUGACAGUAAUAAAUGGGCUUCGUCAACGUUGGCGCCGCGACUCUGGAUACUCAUCUGUCACUGCAGCUUCGUCAGAUGAGCGAUCGCAAACAUCACAAAACAUCACUGAGUUUUGCCGGAUUCAGGUAUGCCCUGGAAGUCUUGCGCAAGGAAGCGAUCGUUUGGCUAUGUGUAUCGCUGUUGAUCAGGACAGCGGCCACCAAAUAUUCUACUUGGAUGAGAAUAAGCGGCCAAAGACAAGUUGUAAGCCUCUUACCCUCUCCAAAAUUAUACGGGAGGGAGAGCAUGGAAGGCUGCUGUCGAACAAGAGAAAGAAACAUCGGCGUUACGUCACUCUCUUCCAUAGAAGUCGAUCCCUUCGAAACAGCCGUUUCAAGCUGGCUUUGAAGCUGGCUGAGGCGACUAUCCGAUAUGGCUGGCAAGAAUGGCUCGGCGAUGGAUGGGGUACGCAGGACAUCAAAUUCUAUCCCAUCGAAUCUGAAAAGAUGCCAUUUCUGAGAGCCACCAUGUUUGACCACGGAUCUGCAAGGCCAAAAAGGUUCAUGUACCACCUUGGACAUGUCCUUCUGAAGCUUGGGCUUUGGAAGGAGCUCAAAGGGCCGAUAAUACAGCAACAGCUGGAUAAGGAGCUGAGUCGUCUGGGAACCGAGACGAGUGUUCAAUACCAGGAAGCAGUUCGCUACUGCAUUGCUUAUGGUGAAAGCAGUAGUGAUGAAGAAAGCGAUUAUGAAACGUUCCAGCGAAACUUUUAUCAGUCUGUCAUUAGUCCUCUUCGGGAAAUUGUUAAGCGUGGUGAAAUGGAUGACAUGGAAUGUCAGGAGAGUAUUAACUAG